AUGCGUCACCCCAUCUCUGUUCUCCUCCCCCUUUACAUCUAUCCUCUGCCCCUCGCCUGGAACUGGCUCUUAACCACUAUCCCCCUCUACCCCUCCAUAACCUACACUCUCGUCAUCAACCCAUCCUCCGGACCCGGCACCUACAAUUCUUUCCCCGAUCCCAGCUAUAUCGAUGCUAUCGCCUCCCUGAAUGCAUUCGAAAACGUACAGUUAUUGGGAUAUGUAGAUACGGCGUAUAUGCAUCGAUCUGUUGAGGAUGUCGUUGCCGAGGUGGAUACUUACAACCACUGGCAAGCCAACCCCUCAGAAGAUAUCCACAUGCACGGCAUCUUCUUCGACGACUGCGUCUCCAACUGGAACGCCAGCACCUCUCAAUUCAUGAGCACCAUUGCUACCUCCGCCCAUCAAGCCAAUCUCACCGUAACAUUCAAUCCGGGCGUGAUUGCCGAUCCUUCAUUUUUCGCACUCGCAGACAAUAUAUUAAUGAUUGAAGAAACAUACGAUGCUUCGGAAGCCUUACCGAGUAUUGAAUCUAUUCCCCCCAGCCAACGUUCCAAAUCUUCAGUUAUGUUCCAUCAUUUUACCGGCUCGGCAAGCGAUCAAUCGACUCUUGUGAAGGAAAUCUUGAAAAUGGGGAUUAAUUCGCUAUACAUCACCACCAAUGAUUAUAUUAGCCAGAGUAAUCUCUGGACACAAUUCAACGCUGCCAUAUCCGCAGGUCCAAGUCUUACUUGA